UUUUUAGAACAGCACUCAGCCCAGCACAAGAUGGCGGCGUGCGCGUUUCGCUGCCUCUGGCGAUGGCCGGCGCUGAAGCUGCUCUCAGAAGCGGCUCGGGACUUCCCGCGCCGAGCCAUCGCCUCCGCUCGCCCAGCCUCCGGUUCUGAAUUCCGGAGCGAAUACAGCUUGGACAAACUUUACCCCUCGCAGCAAAAAGGAGCCGACGCAACAAAGGAUUUGGCAAACCAGACUGUUCCCGACAUUCCUGUAGAUCGUUUGUCCAUAUCAUAUUGCCGAAGUAGUGGCCCAGGAGGCCAGAAUGUUAAUAAAGUAAAUACGAAGGCAGAAGUCCGGUUCCAUUUGGCAACAGCAGAUUGGAUCUCGGAAGAUGUGCGACAGAAAAUGGCCAUGAUGCACAAGAAUAGGAUCAGUAAAUCUGGAGAACUGAUAGUCACCUCUGAAGUAAGUCGCUACCAGAUGAGGAAUUUGGCAGCUUGCUUGCAAAAAAUCAGAGAGCUGAUUAUAGAAGCCACUGAGAUGCCUCGAGCUGAAUCGAAAGAGACGGUGGAGAUGAUCAGAAGCAGGGUGGAGAAAAUGAACCGCGAACGCCUCCGACAAAAAAAGAUUCGCUCUUCCGUAAAACAAAGCAGGCAUGUGGACUUUGACUGAACGCACCGGAGAAAGAGCAUUUUGGAACACAUCCAUUGGACUCUUUCUAAUAUUUGGAUUUGGAAAAGAAUAA